AUGGACGAUACCGAUCAGCAUCGCACACCAACGAUAGGCCCGUUCACAACGGCACAACUCUACGACUCAAUCCCAAUUCCAUCCAGGUCUCAAUGCAUCCGUGUACUCGACAUUCCGAAACGGCCUCUAGCUGUAGAUGAAUGUCUGACUGGCACCCUUCGAACUGUCGACCUGCGAAACAGCCCGAAAUUCACAGCUCUUUCAUACGUUUGGGGCAAGGCCUCCGAUAAAACAAUCUCUUGCAACGGUUGCGACAUUAACAUCACAAAGUCCUGCUAUGAAGCCUUGUUUUCACUUCGGGAAAAGUGUGGUGAUCUGACUCUCUGGGUUGACGCCGUGUGCAUUAACCAGGACGACGCCAACGAGCUAGCGCACCAGAUUCCUCUGAUGGGAGAGAUUUAUACUUGGGCCGAGGCAGUAUACAUUUGGCUAGGCGACGGCAGCCAGGCAACCGACAAGGCCAUGAAAUAUAUCCGGGCCGCUUCACAGCAUCGUCUUUUUCCAGCUGGCGUCCCAUGGUGGGAUGGUACCGGCCCCAUCACAGUAGACGAAGACCGGAAUCAGCUUUGGUGGGGUAUUUUAUCACUCUCCCAACGGAGCGCCCGAGACCGAGACAAAAGAAAGCAAGAUGUCGGUGUCCUGUAUGCUUGCGACCGUGUCUCACUGCUUGAAUUACUAGACCAAACAUGGCUGUAUCGAUCCUGGACAUUUCAAGAGGUCACCUUGGCACCAAAUCCGAUACUGGUUUGUGGACAAGAACACGUCACCUGGCUGCAAUUAUAUCAGGCUCUCACCUUUAUCCAAGAUUCCACCUCCCAGUUCUGUAACAAAGGUGAUAUUUCAAUAGUCGCUCGGGAUGAACGCCGCCGAGAGCAUAGACUAAUAGCCUCCUCCGAGGCAUUCAAGAGCUGGCAGAAUCUGUUUGAGGUUUGGCAGAGUAUCUCCCGUCCCUGCCGCUGGAAUGGCCAUGAGAUCCGCGUGUUGUCAUGCCACACCGGAGGUUCAAGAGACAGUUGUUCUGUUCGCGAGUAUGUGCAACUACUUGAGCCAGAGAAGAUUUACCGGUCUUUGGCGAAUCAGGUAACCCUGGUAUCAGUCUUCUCUGUCUUACUCUUUAUGGCAUUUCCUCCUCUGAGUGUCGCUACUUGGCCGGAGGCUCCCAGUGGACAUGGCCUACCGGAAAAAAGGGGAUGGAUCGAUGUGCUCUGGCACUGGUCUAUGGCUUUGAUCGUCUGGUCAACUUGCUUUUUCAUUCUGUUUCUCCAUAUAUAUCUUAGCAUGAUUGCGACAGCGCUUGAUAUUGAUAACGAUAUGAAACAAAAUACUGUAUACGGUCGGAUAGGUCAAACCGAGGAUUUAACACAACAAAACCAUCUUGUUGGACUUUUGCAAGCGAUGCGAGACCGCGAAUCGACCAAGCCUCAAGAUCGCGUAUUCGCUGUUGAGGGUGUCUUCCAACGGCUGGGGAUUCGUCAACCGACUCCUGACUACAACAGACCGACGGGAGAGAUCUACCGCGAUGCUUUUGUCAGUCUGAUAGAGCGGAAACCAACAUUCGUCAACCUACUCAUUGACUGUGGAUUAAGUCCUCCUGGUGCACCUAGCUGGGUCCCGGACUGGAGUACAGUUGCAAAACGAAGCUGGCUACCAUCUUCAUACUUGUACGAUUCUAUUGAGAAGGAGCGGUGGUCUGAUGACCAGCUCCAGGUAUCUGCUUCUGGCAACACCCUUUCGGUUAAUGGUGCAUUUCUGCGAACAGCAGAGUUCUGCACACGGCCCUUUCACAAGAUUGAGCUUGAUGACUCGGGUAAUCCAGCGCCACCGAUGCAAGAGAGCCUUCACAACAACAUCCAAGUCUUAAGCCGAUGGAUCAUCAAGAUCACCAGAGACGUCAUCCUCAACGAGGUUCAUGAAUCCAUACCGAGUGCUGUGUUCAACACAUUCAAUGGAAGUUCUACCUCUGUGUCCAAGAUCGAUCCGAGACAAAAGGAUGUUUUCAACACGUUCUACACCAUCAUUAGACGCCAUGGUGUUUGCUUUGAGAAGGAGGUGGAAACAAUGUGCGGGAUCGCACCAACUACUCAUACUACUAUGCAAGAAAUUGCUAGGGAUAGGACUUGCUUGGACUACUUUAUCAAGAUAUGUAAUCGGUUUGCUGGCAAGAGAGGGUUGUUCGUAUCUAGCGACGGUGCGAUCGGCUCGGGUCCUGUCGCCAUGGCUAAGGGUGACACUAUCUCCAUUAUCAAGGGCGUUGCAGUGCCAAUGGUUCUUCGAAAACAAGAAACCUAUGGACAGGGAUAUGUUAUUGUAGGGCCUGCUUAUAUUGAUGGUUUAAUGGAUCUUACAAGGGAUAAGGUAACAUCCAUAAGCUUGGAAUGGAGGACUGUUAUACUUAACUAA